AUGGCGAGCUGGGCCUUGGAGCUGCUCGGCUUCUCCCUGAGCCUGCUGGGCCUAAUUGGGACGUUAAUUGCCACCAUCCUGCCGCACUGGUGGCGCUCGGCACACGUGGGCACCAAUAUUAUCACAGCUGUGGCCUACGUGAAGGGGCUGUGGAUGGAGUGCGUGUGGCACAGCACCGGCGUCUACCAGUGCCAAGCGCACCGCUCCCAGCUGGCGCUGCCCGCCGACCUCCGCGCCGCCCGUGCCAUGAUGGUCACCUCCUGCCUGCUGUCCGUGCUGGCCGCUGCCAUCGCCGUCGUCGGCAUGAAGUGCACGCGCUGCGCCGAGGGCAGCCCCGCCAAGGCCUCCAUCGCCGGCUCCAGCGGGAUUGGCUUCAUCGGGGCCGGGCUCCUCUGCCUGGUGCCGGUCUCAUGGAGCACCAGCGACAUCGUUAUGGAUUUCUACAACCCCACGCUGCCCGCUGGGAUGAAGUAUGAGAUAGGGCAGGCUCUUUAUCUUGGAUUUGUCUCCUCAACCUUGACCAUGCUGGGUGGGGCUCUGCUGGGAGCGUCGUGCCUCGGCGAGGAGCCGCCUUUCCCGCCGCAUUCCGGGAGCGGACCGGGCGCCUCCAAGGGAAACCACGCUCCUUCCCUGACAUCUGCGUCCCACAGCGGCUACAGACUGAGUGACUACGUGUGAGUUCCUGGGAUCUGGCACAGCUGCCUCGGGAUUCUGUGCGUGGCAUGAGAGAACUUGGAAUUGAUGUUACAGUUGUUUAUCCCUUUCCUUUCGUCCCGGAGGAGGAAAGGGUGUGGAUGCAGAACUGCUGCCUGCAAAACCUGGGAAAUAAAGGCAAAGGAGCUGGGGUAUUCCCAAGGCAGCACGUUCCUGUCU